AUGUCUACACCUGCUCGUCGUCGUUUGAUGCGUGAUUUCAAGCGCAUACAACAGGACACUGCCUCAGCCUCAGGAGGAAUAUCCGCUUCACCGCUAGCCGAUAACGUUAUGAUUUGGAAUGCCAUUAUCAUUGGGCCAGAGGAUACGCCCUUUGAAGAUGGUACUUUCCGAUUAAGAUUGACCUUUGAUGAACAGUACCCUAACAAGCCUCCACAGGUCAAAUUCACCAGUGAAAUUUUCCACCCUAAUGUCUACGCCACUGGUGAUUUGUGUUUAGAUAUUUUGCAGAAUAGAUGGUCCCCCACCUACGAUGUGGCCUCUAUUCUCACCAGUAUCCAGAGUUUGUUGAAUGAUCCAAACAUCAGCUCUCCUGCCAACUCGGAGGCGGCUGCGUUGUACAAGGAUCACAGGAGUCAAUAUAUCAAGAGGGUCCGACAGACCGUGGAGAAGAGUUGGGCUGAGGAUCUCGAAGACAUGGACGAUGAAGACGAGGACGAUGAAGACGAUGAUGAAGAUGAAGACGAAGAAGAGGAUGCAGCAUGA